UUUAUUUAACACAAUACUAUGCUACCGGAGAGUGGUCUAAUCGAUUCUCUCUUUCUGUGUAUACUGCUACUGUGGUCUGUUCAACAAGGCUAUACUGCAAGUGUACUAUCGAAUGCCGCAUUCCAGAGUUCCUCAUCAACUGAUGGAGUAUUACCAGACGAUGAAUGGCAGGAAGUUCCAGAACCAUCCGUCAGCCUAUUCGACUCAGUGAGAAGGAAUUCGUCAAUUCCGCCGAUUUCAAAUAAGAUUGUAAGUCCUACAGCGUAUACAUUACUUGGUUCCAAUGAUGCAACAUCAUUGUAUGUUAUGCCACCAAACACCCCGAUGCCGAACACUCAAACAAAUGUGGGUUUAACGGAGAAUGAAUUCGAAUCGUUAAUCAAUAAUGUGAGUGCUAAUAAAGGUGAAGACGACCAAGAUGAGUACAUCCCAGUGAACGCUGAACAAUGGAAACCUGGGCUACCUGUCAUCUGGAAUCCACCACCAAUCGGCAACAGUAACGCCUUCAGUACUCCACAAACCUUUUCACCACUACCACUAGCACAACUACCACCUCCGCCACUACCACAAACAAUGAUCUUCAAUCCUGUAUAUCAACCAUCAUUUCCUAACCAGGACAAAAGGAAUUUACUGCUGUCUAGAUAUCCAGUGUCAACAGACCAAUACAACCACAAAGUCCUCGACAAAGAGCUCCCUGGUUAGGACCACCGAUGAGUACUGUUCAGAUGAACAGAUAUACUGCAUUCCAACCAUAUUCACCAAUGAAACGUAUUCCUUCGUACAUGCUCUUCAGAAGAUCUCGUAGUUCUCUUGAAAGACCAACUUCGCCAUCGAAUCAACUUCAAAACUUAUUGGCAUCAAGAGACGCUGCAACUCUACAACAGAGCAAACAAUUUCCAACCCUUCAAAGCACUGUAGCACAACCAAGAACACUUCCAUAUGUGAACAGUUACGAUCGAACAAGAAGGAUACUGUUUUAAUAUGUCUGCUGCAAAACUGUCCAAUGGGGAUGGAAAUACACAAUCAGGUGCGUUUAGUGUUGUUAAACACAUGUAUUAGGCUUUUUCUAAUAAAUUGUUAUGAAACAGUUGG